AUGCCCCCUCCACUGCAGGUCAAAGAUUUUGUCAAGGAUUUGGGCAAGGUCUUCGCAGUUCGUUUGAUGCGCCCCAAAAAGAACGGACCUAGACAACGCAGCUCGACAACCACCGAUCAUAACGGUGAUGGCUCCAUCCAUGCACAAAUCCCUAGCGCCUUUGCCUUUCCUUCACCAACUCUUUCUUUGAAUUCAUCGCCAGCACACUCUGCGAGCAGCAGAGAGCCAGGUCUCGAAUCCUCCACCAAUGUUCCAUCCGCUAGACACUCGGGGGGCGUAUCCCUUGCCCGCGAAGCUUCUGACAUGGCUCAGCUAGCAUUGCCCUUGGUGCAGGCUGUUACAGGUGCAAUCCCACUUGUCGGUGCUCCGAUGCAAGCGGCUAUUGGUGGAUUAUUGACAGGCCUUCAAGCUAUAGACAGACGUAACCAGAAUCAGGCGGACCUCAAUAGCUUGAUCUCACGACUCGAUCGACUGAGCCGCGAAUUGUGUAACGCCUCGCCUGCCUCGGAUCCUGUUGAACAAUUCCGAAGAGAUUCCUUUGUUAGGAUGCUACAGGACACCUCGGCCCAAGUGACAACGUUGCGCGAACGUUGUCUUGCAUCCACAUCCGUCACACAAGCUAUCGCUGGAUGCUUUGUUAAAAUCGAUCGCUAUCUGGCGGAGUAUUUGUGGUCAUCCCAAAUGCAAAGUCAACGUGAUAUACACGAAGUGCUGGUAAUUCUGCAGAGGGAACGAGAGGAUCGUCAGAACUUGUUGAUGACGAUCGAAAGCCUGGUCACCCGCAGGCAGUGCUCUGUUGGAGGCUGUGUGACACUAAUAGACGCAACAGGUCACCAACAUUCGAUAUCGGUGAACUUCUGCACCUCAUUUGAGCAAUUCAAUGAGAUGCUCAAAGUUCUAUUCAAAUGCAACUCGGUUGAAGCUCGAAUUCAGAGACGAUAUAUGGAGAGCGAACAGUACGAUUUGUGCAUUGACGAGGGCACGCAAGUAACUCAACUUACAAGCAAUAAAUGGUCAAGACUUGAAGCGGGCGCAAAGGUUGUUAUGAGGAUCAUUAUUCAACAGGGGACGACAUCAUUCUCUGGAGUUUCCUACAGAUGCUCUUGCGGCGCGGUGAAUCCCCUUAGCGUUAGGUCUAUCAUAUAUUCGCUUGAACGGCAGGCUAGUUCCUCAAUUGAUUGUCGAGAGUGUGGACGACGGUUUCAGAUUUCCCGUGUAUCAUCCCGUGAACAGCGGAGUCCUAGUACUCGAUCGUCUAGCACCGAUUCUGAUCACACAACUGACCCAGGAAUGGACCUUAUUCGCAACUUUCAUAUCCAGCAAUCUGAAGUGCGUGAGGGUGCCUUUUGA